AUGGCUGAAAAGGAUCUUGUUGGCAUAUCAGCUCCAGUCGGCAUUGCAGAGCUGGCCGAGGUACUUUGCAGAUCCAACGAAUUAGACUUGGAGGUAUUGUUCGAAAACAUCACCUCAUGGAAUACAGCGGCUCACUUCCAGGAUGACCACGAGAUGGGUGAUGUACCAAACCGACUAGUUGGACUGAUUGCUGAGGCGAGUCACCGAUCGCAGUGGGAUCGAGCCUCUGUGGCCGUCUAUGCACUCACCGGCGCGACGUGCUUGCACAUGCAAGGCAUGACUGCAGCACUACAUGAGGACACGCUGUUGCUGACAAAGCUGCAGCACUCCAUUUUGCUUGCCGUUGCUGCAUUCGGCGAGAUGCUUGAUGAUGCCCUGCUAGCUGGUUCUCAAGGUUCUUCGCCGUCAGCCACCGACUUCACGGAGAAGCAGUCGCUCGCGGAGCUGGUAAGGUCUCUGGCAUCCUUGUUGCUGGAGCUUCUUCCGUCGCUGCCCCUGGCAGAGACGCUGCUGGCCAUCCCAGGCCUGCCAGGUGCAUUGCUUUGUGCUGCGAGCACCUCGCUGGCGACAUUGGGAAAGUCAUCAAGCCUGCUGUCCAGUUCUGUCUCCUUCGUGGUGCUACGAGCCCAACGAGCACUGGCAGAUCUCUUAACCUCAAUGUUGGAAGAAACAUCAACAGAAGUACGAGCAAGCCAGGAGCUUCUGCUUGGUUCUAUUGAGCCUGGAGCAUCUCGUCUGGUGGAGACGCUCAUCCUGUCGCGUCCUGAUCCGAAGCUGCAUCAGCUUUUGCUGGAACUGCUGUGGCGGGCACUUCGGCGAGUACCUUGUCCAGCUGGAAGUCUGCAUGCCAAAGAUGCGCCUGCUAUGCGCUUGUUCCGAGAACUGGCAGGCUCAAGACAGCAGCAGCAAUUGCAACAGGUUUCAGGUGAGCAACUGCUGGAGUGGAACUUGGAUCUCGCGCUGCAAAUGAAUCGGCAUCCUCAAGAUGUUGUGAGUCUCUCCAACUGUGAAGUGGCAUGGGGGAGUUUCCGUGCGCACCAGUGCGUCGUGACUUUCUCAUCUUACAGCUUCGUACUGGAAGGACAAGCCCGUCAGUCAGAGUCAGAACUGUUUUCUGUCCGCGCGAGCAGCCAUCGGAACAGAAACACAAGAAAUGUUGGUUAUGAGUUUGAUGAAGUUGUAGUUGGGGUGAUGGAGUGUUGCUAG